AUGACGAGGGGCGGGGGAGGAGCGGCAGAGUUGGGGCGGGCCGGAGGAGGGAGGUGGUGGUGCUCGUACAAGAGGACGACGCUGGUGGUCUGCUGUGUGAAUCUGCUGGCUGCUCUCUACGUGCUUCGGUCUAUUUGCGCAUCGUUGUACAUCUUCUCGGCUUCCUCUCCCUCCGUCUUCCCCUCUGCUUACCCCGGCGUCAUUUCGUUCUCAGGUAUUUCCAUUUCCGAGAGUUAUGAAAACGGGAGCCUUCCGGUGUGAUUGAUUUGCUAUUUUAGCUGCUUCCUUUGGGAUUUUUAGUUUUGGCUCCCCUUAGGCUAACUUGACGGACAUGGAGAAAUGCAUUUUUUGUCGCCUCAUUUAGGCGCUCAUUUACUUGUGCUGGUUUUCUUUUGGAGUUUCUAAGCUCCAAUCUUCUCUCGUUGACUCGGGGUAUCAUUUGUUUUCCAUUUCAGGUGCUAAAUUCUCAGAUAAACAUAUUAAUAGAAUGGAAGAGUCUAUUCGUCUAAGACGAGCGGCUCAGCCCAUCAAACUUAUUAGGCUGGUAAGAGCAUCAUCUCCUGCAAAGAUUUUAUUUGAUAAGUUUUGAUCAUUGUCGUUGUCUAAUGAAGGUUCAGGGACUCAAGAAGGAAUUCUCUAGAAAAGAAAGGAAUCUGGAACUAUCGCAGCCUGUGAAGCUGGAACUCGCUGAAGAGCUCCUGCAGAGGUUGAAAGAACUUGGAGCUGAUACUAAUGCGACUUUACAACAUGGUCAGCAUCGAGAAGCUUUUUAUUCCAUAGCGGUGUAUAAGUUCUUCGGUUUGCGGAUGCCAAUUUUUUACUUCAUUUUCUUUGCACUUUGGAAACGGCCAUAAGUCCCCUCAUUUAUGCUUUAGAAUGAUGGUGCUUGAUUUUUCUAAGAUCUAAAGUCCGGAUAUUGAGUUUAACGUCUGAAAUAUGAGUAUGAUAAAAAAAUAUAAACAUUAAAUGGAAACAUUAAAUGUAAACAGGUACAUUUAUUUUCGUGAGUCGGAAGAUCACGAAGAUUGCUAGUACUUGGAAAAUAAUGGUGGCGAAGGUGGUUAGUGGUCUGUUGGUGUCAUGAGACAACAGUGAACAACAACAACUUUUGUAGUGUGUGAUGCUUGCCAUGGGAAAUGGAGGUCGAAGGGUGCUUAGUGUUGUAAUCAGUGACAACUCUAAUUAUCUGUGAUGCACAUUGUAGGUUGCACGGGUUUGAGGUGCAGUUGAUUGCCAAUAUUAGUGAUGUACAAUGGUGAAGUGGUAAUAAUUGUCGGUGGUGGGUUGGUUGGGUGGGCGAGUGCAUUGUAUGCAAUGUGGAGUAGUUAUAGUUCUGAGUAAUCAUGUUGGUUGUGACAGUUUGCCUGAUGAUAAUGUUAAUGGUGAUAACUGCUCAUGCUCUUUGAAGGUUUUCGUUUCCAUGUACUUUGCACUGGAGGUUCAAGAUAACCUAUUCAAUCCUCAAACGUAUCAUGAUAACUUAAAUAUUUAAAAAGAGCUUUAUGACAUGGAUGGACUUCAGAGCACAAGUACAAUUUUUCACCUAGGAGUGAAGAUUGAACAUGUUCUUCAUAUUGUUAUAAUGUCUAGAACAGUGGAGGUGAAGAUCACUUUGAGAAUAAAAGAAAUCUUAGUCUUUGAAGUCCGUCAGAAACCCUUUUAGAUUUAUUUAAUAUAUCAUAAAAUUUUGAGAUGGUUUAAUGCAUAUCAGUGAUGCACUUGCUUUGUUAUGCCCUUUUUGUCAAUUAUUAGUCAUUAAUAUGAUCAAUGCGUACAUGUGACCCACCUAAACCCUUACGCUAAAGUGUUGAUUUGGUUGCAGUUAUUGAAAAAUGAAUAUUUGAGUUCUUUGAUGAUUGGUAAAAUCGCCAUUUCUUGUUGCUAGCGGGUCAUAAGUAGGCUGUGGUACUUGGCUAGCUGUAAAGCCUUCUGGCUUGUACCAAACUAUAGGCCACUGUCAUGUCUAUCAUUCAACCUUGCUUCUAUGAUUGGGUUAAUUAUAAAUGGAUGGAUGAAUUCCUUUUGCAUUUUUGCAUUCUUCUCUUGAUAAAAAAAUGUUAUACAAUGAUGGCAACUGUGAAACCCCCACAAUUGAUUAAAUGAUGACAUUAGGGUACUUCGUUAGUUUCAAACCUCAAUUAAUAUUUAAUCAUUGCUAUGUCAAAGUAGGUUCUUAAAUGAUGUUUUCAAGUUACUGCUUUUGAUUUUUUUUUUAUUUCUGUUUUUAGAGACGACAGGUAGCUUUUCAAAUUUCUUAUGUGCUUUACCUUAAGGUUGCCUUAAGUGAUGAGCUUUAACUGCCUAACCACAAUAUUGGUUUCUUUUUAGGCAUCAUGUUUUUAAGAUUUUAUUGGCCAUCUCUCAGACUUUCAUUAGAGAAAGUGGUAUAUUGGUUCAUGUGUUUAUUUCAGAUAAUGUCUGUUUAAUAAAAUAUCACUUGUUUCUGGGUUCGGUCAACUGAUCUAUAUGAGAAAGUACUGUGGUUGAUGUGAUGUUGACUCAAGCAUAAUUUAUGUUAAGAACAUUUUUUGCCUCUUUUUUAAAAAAAUGCUAAAAAAUAAGAAUGCAGCAAUCCAUAGGCAUUAACAGUAAUGCUAGUUUAGGUUUUUCGAUUAUUUUUCAAAUGUCAAAUUUAUCUCAUUUGAUUCUGUUGACCAGAAGUUCUGGAAAGAUGGCGCACGGAAAAACUGGGAACUGUCAAGAUGAUGAUGGAGAAUGCCACACUUAAUUCAACCAAAAGUUUUCAGGAAGCACGUAUGUCCCCAUCAUUUUGACUGUUUUCUUAUUCCACAUUGACAGCUUCUUGAUAGGGCUGUCAUGUCUGACAUUGAUUCUCUCUUUUGUUUUUCCAUGUGUUUCUUUAAGUUUAUCUGAUAUGAUUCACUGUUUUUCAUUUUAAUUGACUUUCUUUUGUAUUGAGAUCAGUGGCACUGAAAAGGGCAUUUGAAUCUGAUUGGCUGAUGCUAUUGGAAGACAUUGGUCUAUGGAUUCCGGUUGAAGUUGUCAACAAGGAGAUUGAUGACAAACCUGAAGAUGAGGAAGAGCCUGGUAGCAUUUUGUUCGAGCAUAUUUUGAUGAUUUUUAUGAUGUUGUUCAAGUCUUGGCUCUCAUCACAUAAAUUGGAUUCUAUUUCCAACGUUUUAAAUCGAGAAGCAAAAAACUAUUUCGCAUGCAGAAAAAAAAUUAAGCACAAGAAGAAUGACUGUACAUGUGACCUACGUUUCAUGCCAGUUUAGGAAUCAUGAUGGUAUUGAAUAAAAUACAGAGUCAGUUUGUGACAAGAAGCAUCACUUUUCAUGUGGAUUCUAAGCGUUCCCUUUUUAUGCUCCAAGUAGUAUGACUGAACAUAAAGCGAGCUCAGAUUUUGAAAAGUAAAUCGUAAUGUUGUUGUUGAUGAUGAUGAUAACUGUUGUAUUAAUGAGUGGGUAUCAGGUGGGAUGGUGGUGUUUAGUUGUAUUUUAAUGUGCAAGAUACUUUAUUGCAAGGGUCUCUUGUGAAGUGAAGAAUCUGGGAGAUCUAGGAAGGCAAUCUCAGCUUUGUUGCUACCCCUUCCUUAAAGGCAUCAAGAAGUCAUGAUUUUUGAUUUUUUUUUUUGGAUACAUUUGCUGUUUUGCUAUAAGUCAGCGUGCAGAUGAUUCAUGGAAUCCAUCCCUUUUUCCGCUGGUGGUUUUUACACGAUUAAACUCAAUUAAUCUGUCAUGAAACGACUUCUGCUGGGCAUAUAUAUUUUUUUGGUUGGGAGGGGGGAUAGUAAUGGACUAUAUGGUUUGUUUGCAAUUCAAUAUUCAUUACUUUUAUAACAUUUUGUUUGCUUUAUCCUAGAUUUAUCAUACAAUUAUCUCCUUUUCGGAUCUUCUAUUUCGGUGAUUGUGUUUCUUUUCCUUGAGGAAGUUAACUGUACUAAAUUGUACCUUUAUUGAAAUUUUUCCACUUUUUGGGAUUUUAUUUGAUAAAAUGUCAACUGUGGUGGAUAAUUAUGUGAUGACUUGACUUAAAAAGAUGAGAGAAAGUUCUGGGGUGAAGGAAUCCAUGCAUUUAUUACAGUGAAAAGAAGAAUAAAAUAUGUUUUAUCAGAUUUUUGUAUAGCUUUGUCUAAAAUUUAUGAUUCGUUUGUAUAAUUUUUAAGAUGCUUUUUUGUUUAUUUCUUUUGUUGUGCCAUUCUUUGCAAACGAAGAAAUCAUACCUGGCCGCCCUAUUCCACCUGAGUGUCAUGCUGAGCCGCACACAGAUUAUGAUGGAACUGCUGUUAGAUGGGGUCUUACCCACCACAAGGAGAGUGCUGCUGAUUGUUGCCAGGCUUGUUUGGAUCAUGCAAAACGUGCAAAACCUGGGGAAAUUAAGUGUAACAUAUGGGUGUACUGCCCUUUGGAGUCUGGAUGCUAUUCCCCCGACAUUUAUGAGCACAAACAUCAGGAAUGUUGGUUAAAACAGGUAACUAUCUUAGAUUUUGUUUAAACUUCACCCGUGGACCACAGUCAUUUUUUAUCUGAAAAAGCUUGUACUGCGUUAGUAUGGUUCCCAUGCUAUAUUUUAUUUCCAAAUUUCUAUGUCAUGAUGGACAUUAACUCUGUAUUUGGAAAAGAACAUUGCCAUGUUGUUCCUCAUUUUUUUCAUGAACUUUAUUGAAAUUUUAAUCUUUUCCUUCAGCUCAAGACUCUCAAAUCAGCAUUCUUUCCCCCAGUUCUUGUGGUUGCUUCUGAUCCUCCUUUCCUUUUCUGCUUGCCAUCUUUCGAAAAGUGCAUCUACUCAGUGGAAUGAAAUAAGUUCUAUUUUUGGUUGGUUUCUUGUGGUUGCUUUGAUUAAGAAUGAUUAGUUGACUUUACCGACGGGGGGGGGGGGGGACCAACUCAAUUAUUUGAGUCUGUUGGUCCUGAUCCAAAGUAGGCAGACUUACCUAAAGCUAAUCAUUUGUACAGCAUUCAUGAUGAAGUUCGUUCUGAUGUUAAGAUUCAAUGCAGAAGAGCCAACAGAACGCAAGCUGACUGGAAGUACAGGAAAUGAAAAAAACUAAAAUAGAAGGUGUCCUGCUUUUGACCAUUCCCUAUUUGUAUUUGGUAACAAAAAGAGUAACCAUGUGAAGUUGUUGGUGGAAGAAAAGGGCAGAGGGAGGCUGAUUGAGCCAUUAAAUCGGGAUAUGGGAAUUACUGGUUGGCUUCUGAUCCCGAUGUUCAAACUCCGGGUCACACUUUUUGGGAGAAAAAAAGAAGUUUGUCAAAUAUUCACUGGUGUUCAUAAAUUAUAGGGUCAACUUAUUGGCCGAUAUAGUAAAUCGUCAUGGCUUCAUUCUUUCUAUUAAAAUCAACUUAAAGAUCAUAUAUUCACUGAUUGCUUUGAUCCUAUCUGUGCAGGAGAUCUCUAUUGGAUGAAAUGAAGAAAAAAAUUGGUUGGGUCUUGAUCUUUCCCGGCAGAAAAAAAACAGAUUAAUCUUAUUUUAUUUGAGAAUCACAGAUGAACACAACCGAUGCUUAUGAUUGUUCCUUAACUGAGCCAUUUUAUUUUUGCUGAUUUUUUUUUUUCUGAAAUCUUGGCACUUUAAGAACCUGGAACCACGGGAUAUUAAUUCUCAUUUAAUGAAAUCAGGGCCCCUCAUCUGACCAUCCACAUUAAUUGCAAUUUCAGGCAGGAAUUCAUUUCCAUGUACUGAAAUGUUUGCCAAAUGGGCAUUAAUUUGCAAUUCUCAAAUAAAAUAAUCAUAUUAUUUUUUUUCCCUAAGUUCCUGGUUCAUUUAAACAAAAUCAGUUCCUUGCUUGUAAGCAUCUGUUUGCUUUUUAAAGGCUUCAGCGGUGGUGAAAUCUCAUUUCCUGUUGUUCUAUUUCUGACCUCAUCUGCCUGCCCUAUUCGAGUUGCAGGCUGACAAGCCCAGGCUGAACUUCAAAGACAAAUAUUCCGAGUCCUACAGAAGCUCACACCCAUCUGCACCAGAGGUUGUCCCAUGGAUGUCUGGUGUCAUUGCCUGA